CCUUAGCAACGUGUAUCUGAACCAGGAAGUACUCUUCCCCUUCGAGCUACAUGGCUAUGGAUAGCGCAUACAGGCCAUGACGCUUGUCAAGCUAUGCAGGGGUGAUGGAGGAUCUAAUCACCUGUGUUGAGGAGCAGCCGCAACCGCAACCGCCUUCCUCUCUUCCAAACUCAUGGACCAAUCAGCACUCAGACUCAGCUCAGAGGACAGACGAAGAGCCCAAAGCUGUCGGUGGAUUUGUAUUAGUACACGCUGGGGCCGGAUACCAUUCUGAGUCAAAGGCCAAGGAGUACAAACAUGUCUGCAAAAGGGCUUGCCAGAGAGCCGUGGAGAGGCUCCGGGCCGGGGCACUGGCCAUGGAGGCCGUUGCGGCAGCGCUGGUGGAACUGGAGGACUCUCCCUUCACCAACGCCGGGAUGGGCUCCAACCUGAACCUCUCCGGGGAGAUCGAGUGCGACGCCAGCAUCAUGGACGGCAAGUCGCUGCACUACGGCUCCGUGGGCGCCAUACGAGGAAUAAAGAACCCUGUCCUGGUGGCCCACCGCCUGCUGAGCGAGGCCCAGAAAGGGAAGCUAUCGGCAGGCAGAAUCCCACCCUGCUUCCUGGUGGGGAGGGGAGCGCACGACUGGGCCGUUGCUCACGGGAUUCCCCCCUGCCCCGCGGAGAAAAUGGCCACAAAGUUCAGUUUGUCGGCCUACAAGAGGAACAAGCGAAAGAUGGAGAUUGCAGAGAAGAUGGACACACCGGAGAACCCGAUGAAGAGAAGGCGACAGUCCAGUGAGACUGAGAACGGCUCUGAGUGUCUUGACACCGUGGGGGCCAUCGUGGUGGACCAGGAGGGAAACGUGGCUUCAGCCGUCUCCAGCGGCGGGCUGGCUAUGAAACACCCCGGCAGGGUGGGCCAGGCCGCUCAUUACGGAUGUGGCUGCUGGGCCCAGAACAGCUGUAACUCAAACCCUUACUCCACAGCAGUGAGUACCUCAGGCUGCGGGGAGCAUCUGAUCCGCACUAUGCUGGCGCGGGAGUGCUCCGUCGCCCUGCAGGCUGAAGACGCUCACCAGGCUCUGCUGGACGCUAUGCAAAACCAGUUCAUCAGCUCCCCCUUCCUAGCCAGCGAGGACCGUGUGUUGGGUGGGGUGAUUGUGCUCCGAUGCUGCCGCUGCGAGGAAGACCCGCCGUCCCAAGACCUCCAGGCCUCUCUGGUGGAGUUCCUGUGGAGCCAUAGCACGGAGAGCAUGUGCGUGGGCUACAUGUCAGCCCAGGACAGCCGGGCCAAGACCCACAUCUCCAGGCUGCCCCCAGGGGCGGUGCCAGGCCACUCCCUGGCCAUCGAGGGGGGGGUGUGCCGGCUGACCAGCGGCGCCCAGGCUGCCCCGUAGCGCUGGCUGCAGUGGUGUCGCAAUAUGAAUGAUGUACACACUCUAGUUCACACAGGCACUGCAGCACACAUAAACCAACGCACACACACGCACACAUAAACCAACGCAAACGCGCACAUAAACCAGCGCGAACACACACACUCACACAUAAACCAACUCACACACACACAUUAACCAACGCGCACCCACACACAGACAGUCACAUUCACAUACAUUCACACACAUAAAACGGACACACCCCCCGCCAAGACAUAAACAGACAUACACACACAAACGGACACGCACACACAUACCCAGACACAUAAAUGCACACCCACACGCUCACACAUAGACGCACGCAUAGAUGCGCACACACGCAGACAUGCGCAUCCUUUAACCCCACCUCCUUCCUUUAAAGCCGAGCCCCGUAGGAAGAGGGACUUAUAAGCUUUAGUAGUUCCCCGCCCACAGGUGUCCAAUGGGAAGGACGGCCACCUAUC